UUGUCAAAAGCUUCUAUCACUCAGAAUUUUCCAGGAUUCCCAUCGGUUGGUAAAUCGACGCUGCUGUGCAAUCUUGCCGGUGUUUAUUCAGAAGUAGCUGCAUACGAAUUCACUACACUGACCACGGUACCAGGUGUUAUUCGUUACAAAGUAGCACGGACAUGCUCGUUGAUUCUGAUGGUCUUGGACGUGUUGAAACCGCUGCAGCAUAAAAGGCUUUUGGAACAAGAAUUAGAAGGUUUUGGGAUCAGACUAAAUAAAACGCCGCCAAAUAUAGUUUUCAAACGAAAAGACAAAGGAGGCUUAAAUUUAACCUGCUUGGUAAUUUUUUCUCUUAUUCGUUACGUCUAGGG